AUGAUAAUUUUUAAAAAUUUAUUAAAAUUAUUAAUAAUUUUAUUAACAAUAAAAUUAUAUUUUUGUAUUGAAAUUAAAAGAGAAGAACAUUUAACAAUUUUAAAUGAAUUAAAUGAAAAUAGUGAUGUGAUUCAAUAUUCAAUUUUACCAGGUAAUAAUGAAGAAUAUGAAAUUGUUAAAGGUAUUCAAGAAGAUGCAAUAGUUUAUGGAUAUUAUAUGUCAAAUGUUGAAGUCAAUGGUUGGGCUUAUUUAUCAUUAGUAUCAAAUGAUAAAUACAAUGAUUCAACACAGUCAAGAGCAUUUGGUUAUUUAGAAGGUUAUUUAACAAAAGAUUUAAUUUGGAAUUCAAAAGUGAAUUAUUAUAAAAAUGCAUUCAACUCUUCAGAAAUUCCAAAUAAACUUGAUGAUUGGUUAACUGAGAAUAUUGAAAGUAUUCACACAUUCAUUGUAAAUAAUAGAAAAAGUCGAUAUUGGAAUCAGAUUACAUUGGUUAUGGACCAGAUUAACGGCAUGCUCGAUGGGUACAAUGAGGCAAACACGAAUUCCAGCGAGACGUUAUCAUUGCAUGAUUUUUUUGUGUUGAAUAUGUUUGGCGAUUUAUUCGAUUUAAUGCCUGCUUUAAAUUUGGAUAAAGAGUAUAAAUAUUUCCAAAAGGAUUUAAACGAUAUUCAAGACUGGUUUAAAAGAUCCCAACAUUGUUCUGCAUUGAUUAAAGUGUCAAGCGACUACUCUGAAUUAUAUUCCGGCCAUACUACAUGGAGUGGGUAUUAUACAAUGUUGAGAAUAUUCAAGAGUUAUAACCAACAAUUCUCAUCAGAUGUUUCAGGUACACUUUCGAAAAGAAAUAUUUUCAGUAGUUAUCCUGGUGCUUUAAUUAGUGUUGAUGAUUUCUAUUUAUUGGGUGAUACUAGAAUGGUUGUAAUUGAAACCACAAACUCUCUAGUCACCAAUGACCUCUACCAUUUAAUUAGACCAACUACUGUUUUAUCUUGGAUGAGAGUCAUAGUUUCAAAUAGAAUGAGUACAAAUGGUAAAGAAUGGUGUGAAAAUUUCCAACGUUAUAAUUCUGGUACUUAUAAUAAUCAAUGGAUGAUUGUAAGUUAUAAUUUAUUCGUCCCAUAUAAUGAAUUAAAAGAUGGUGCGCUUUAUGUUUUAGAACAAAUUCCAGGUUAUAUUGAAUUUUCUGAUCAAACUCAAGCAUUAAGACAAGGUUGGUGGAAUUCAUAUAAUAUACCAUUUUAUGAAACAAUUUAUGAUGCAUCGGGUUAUAAUAAUUAUACUGCUAAUAAUUAUAGUGAUAGUACAAUUUAUUAUAUGUCUUAUCAAACUUGUCCAAGAGCUGAAAUAUUUAGAAAUUUCGCAGGUUAUGUUGAAUCACUUGAAGAUUUCCAAUCAUUAUUAAGAUAUAAUGAUUUUGAAUAUGAUCCACUUUCACAUAAACUUCCAUUCUAUGCCAUAGCAUCACGUUACGACCUUUCAAAAAAGAAUCCUUCUCCAUUUGGUGCAACUGAUACAAAAGUAACUUGUAACUCUAUGAUUGAUCAAAAUACAAUUGUCGCAAUUAGUGGUCCAACUACAUCAAAUGGUCAGCCAAUAUUUGAAUGGAAUUCAAAAAUUGAUUUUAUGGAGUCAACUUCACAUUUAGGUUGCCCUGAAAAAUAUAAUUUCCCAUGGGUAUCUUUCUCAGAUACAACUUUUAGAAAUCUUUAA